AUGUACAACAACUUCAAUCCCAGUGAAUCGUUUAUGGCUAAUGCUAGCAACUACAUGCUGAACUAUGAGGCUCAACCUUCUGGUUUCCUUUGCCCAUCCAGCACCACCAAGUGCAAGCGUUCCCGCACCGCAUUCACAAGCCAUCAACUGAUGGAAUUGGAGCGGGAGUUCAAUGAGAAUAAGUAUCUGGGAAGGCCGCGUCGCAUUGGAAUCAGUCAACGUCUGCUGUUGACUGAAAGACAAGUUAAGAUUUGGUUCCAGAAUCGACGCAUGAAAUCCAAGAAACUAGCCAAUCGGCAGCUGGGACACAAGGGAUCAAAACUGUUGCUUGAUUGUGGCAUAGUGCAAAGUGAAGAACACCUAAGCCAACCACAACUAAGUGAAGAUGAGCUGAUAGUUGAACGUCUCUUGCAAUACGUUAGCAUGGGCCAAGAUAGCUUGACCUGUGAUCUAUCGGAUCCGUGUAAUGAUAAUGCUAUUAUGGAACAGAACGAUACCUUCUUUAAUGCAGGGAAGUGUCCCGAACCCUAUGAGGAUCGUCUUCCAAGUGCAUGUCGCGAUUUUACAGAUGUGGACACUGGGCCAACCAGUUGGUUCAAUACAGAGCAAUGGGUUGCCACUAGUGAUGCACCGGAAGUGCAAACCAUCGAUCAGUUUACAGCUGACCCAUUUGUGAAUCCACAGAUUGCUUGGGAAUCAAACUACUCGAUGGGAUCAUCUCCAUCCAGCUCUACCGCAUCCUGUGAUUCAUUUGAAUUAUUUCAAGACAUUCAAGAGUUUCAAAAGCUCGAUUCGUUUUAUGUGGACCAAUCUUUGGAUGAACAAUUUGGCUGGGACUCGAGUAGCUCGAUUGCAGUGUCUACAACCAAUUCGACAGCUUCAUGCGAUUCCUUUGAACCCAUUGAUGUUGAUUAUGACUUUUUGCAACAUUUAUUAGACGCAUAA